CUGAAACAAACAGCACUAGUAGUAACAUGAAACCGAGUCGACUGCUGAACUCUAGGGGGUGCUGUGUGAAAACAUAAUGAUUUCACCAAAGGACUUCAAACAAUGUUUUUUUCGGUCUCGUGCCGAGAGAUGCCGGUUGUCACGUUGUUUACGCAGACGUCAUGGUUCCCCUGGCCGUUAAUCCACUCAGUCUGAGCACGCGGUACCAGCACCAACAUCCGAGGAAAACAUGGGGCUGUUGUCCAUUCUGCGGAGGCUGAAGCAGUCUCCAGAACAGGAGGUGCGCUUACUGUUGCUUGGUUUGGACAAUGCUGGCAAGACCACUCUGCUGAAACAGCUGGCGGCUGAAGAUAUCAGCCACAUCACCCCCACACAAGGCUUUAACAUAAAGAGUGUUCAGUCAUCUGGCUUCAAGUUGAAUGUUUGGGACAUUGGUGGUCAACGCAAGAUCCGCCCCUACUGGAGGAAUUAUUUUGAGAACACGGAUGUACUGAUCUAUGUGAUUGACAGCUCAGACAGGAAAAGGUUGGAAGAGACGAGCCUGGAGCUGGCUGAGUUGCUGGAGGAGGAAAAGCUUGCUGCUGUUCCACUUCUAAUCUUUGCCAACAAGCAGGACCUGAUGACAGCCACCCCAGCGUCUGAGCUGGCAGAAAAUCUCAGUCUGCACACUAUCCGGGAUCGCAUGUGGCAGGUGCAGGCCUGCUCAGCAGUCACUGCUGAGGGAGUACAGGAUGGCAUGACCUGGGUUUGCAGAAAUAUUACGAUUCGGAAGAAAUAAUUCAUGAAGCAAGAUCUGUGGAGAAUUGCAAUUGCACUUUAAAUUUGACCUAUGCAGUCAUUUUAUGUCCAAGACAAAGAGGCGACCAAAUGUUUUCUUUUUAAUACAACGGUUAUGCCAUUCUGUCUUCACUUGGCAGUAUAAAAACUAAGUAGAGGUUGUCAAUACAGUGAUGUUUAAGUUUUAACUCUGUAUAUGUUGAAAUGUAUAUACUGUAUAUAUUAGGCUGUUAGGCUGGUUCUGCACACAAUUCCUUUUGUAAUGUGGUACUUUUAAUACAAGGUAUGAAGGCAAUAAAUCUGAAUAAAAGUCAGUAUUAUUCAGUA